AUGGAGAAAGAUCUGCAGAGCUCCAGUAAAACAGCUUCUGAACAGGAGGACAACGGCACCAGUCUGCUUCACCGGCGGCUGGCACACAGGAGGCAGACACGGACAGACAAUGACAUGAAGUUUCUGUUACACAGACUCAUUGUGGCUGGUCAUCUCCCCAGCGGUCUCACAGACAGAAGGACUGUGGGAGUUCAUUAUGAGAAGCUGAAUCAGAGUUUACAGAGGAGCCGUCCGGGUGAAGACAUCACCGGUCUCCUGCUGCUGUAUCCUGAACACGCUCUACAUGUCAUUGAGUGUUCAACUGAAACUCUUCUGUCAGUCCUGCAAGACCUGCGACACAUGCAGGAAAACCUGCACAGUGGCCUGAUCCUGGAGCCCAGAGUUCUGCUCGUGUCCCAUGACCUUCCCAGCAGACUCUUCCAACAGUGGAACUACAAGCUGUUGAGUGAGUCUGACAGCAGCCGUUCGGUCGGUUCGGAGGACCAGAGCUCGGAAAAACUAGUGAGCGAAACUCUACAUCAGCUUCUGAGUCUCGGCUGUCACCUGCUCAACAUAAGAGAACAGAUCAUGGGAUCUAAGGAGAUUCCAGAGGAACUGUUGAAGGACGCAUCAGAGCUCAUUCCACCACAAGCUGCUGUGUCUCGUCUCGUCCAGAUGGAGUCGCUGUUGAGUCCAAUGCACUACCUGAGCACAUACUACUCACCUCUACAUCAACUGCUGGACUCCGAAUCAGUAUGGCCUGCGGUGGAACAUCUUCAGAUCAUUUGAACAACUCUAUAUUAAUAAGUGUAUACAUUUUCAUUGUUGAAUGUGUCAAUGAUUUUCCCAUUCAUUGAUCGUGAGUUUUCAAGUGUAUUUUUUGUGAAUAAAAUACAUGCACACACGUAAGUAAUCAAAAAUGAUUUUUAAUUGAGAUCACAUUCUGAUGAAGGAUGUAGGAUUCCAUCUCAAAUGAUUCCAGUUUUCCAUUUCAAACACAUUUUAAAACACACACACACACACACACACACACACCGGGCCUCUUCAUUAAAAAACAACAAAAUGUUAAAAAUCA